GCGGGCUCUGCGCCUGCGCACUCGUCAUUCGCUGCUCGCAAGCCUCUCUGCGCAGGCGCAGUCCCGCGGUUCUCCGUUGAGAAGAUCCAUCCUCACUCCACUAAAGACAAGCCUGAAAACCUUAAAACGGGUCACAUGAUGGAUGAGUCAGAUGAUGAUUUCAAAGAACUCUGUGCCAGCUUUUUCCAAAGGGUGAAAAAAAAUGGAACCAAAGAAGUGUCAGGAGAAAGGAGGAAGCCGAAGGCUGCCGGUAGCACUCAGAAAAGAGGCAAGCUGAAAGAAACCAAGCAAACUGCCACCAGGAGCAAAACCCUUCAAGGCCCUUCAGAGAAGAAACCUCCAUCAGGCAGCCAGGCCUCUAGGACUAAAAAGCAAGGGGCACCUAAAUCCCAAGAAGGGGACCCAGCUCUCCCUGUGAAUGGAAAGGGAGGUGUCCUUGCUCCUAUCCCACAGCCUGUGUUGUAUGAAAGAGCACAGAGCAUUCAGACAGAGAGUGCUCCCAAUGGCGACUCCCGGCCCCUUCCACCCUAUCUCACUACGACUGGUGUGCCAAGUCCCUCCAAACCCAGAGCCUCAGAGCUGGUUCUCCAACGGAUGAAGCAGUUCAAGAGAGCAGACCCUGAGCGCUUGAGACAUACUUCAGAAGAGUCCUCCCUAAGGACCACGAUGGAAGAAAAUGUCCCAAGGAGCCCUCAAGAGGAGAUGGUGGUCGAGAACGAGUAUAAACCCAGGCUCCAUGCCACAGACAGUGAUGCUGCUAUGGCCCUGGCCUUACAGCAAGAGUUCAGAAGGGAGGAAGCAUCUUCCCAUCAUGACAGCUUGGAGGAGAAGGGGUUGUUCUUCUGCCAAAUGUGUCAGAAAAACCUCUCAGCAAUGAAUGUGACUCGGAGGGAGCAGCAUGUGAACAGAUGCCUUGAUGAGGCAGAAAAGGCACUGAGACCUGCUCCACCUCAGAUCCCUGAUUGCCCAAUAUGUGGUAAACCAUUCCUCACCUCCAAGAGCCGAAUCAGUCACUUGAAACAGUGUGCAGUAAAGAUGGAAGUGGGUCCCCAGCUCCUGCUCCAGGCUGUAAGGCUACAGACAGCUCAGCCUGAGGCAGCCAGCAGCACUCUGGUACCCAGCAACCAUGUUGGAGGUUUGAAACGGAAAGGAGCCAGCAUCAAGAAGGAGCCAGAGAAGAGGUGGAAGAUCAACAAGCCCGAGGCUCCAUCUGAAGAUCUCCUGGUGGCCAUGGCUCUGUCUCGCUCUGAGAUGGAGCAGUGUCCAGCUGUGCCCCCACUGAGAUUGGAAAAUGCUUUUUCUGAGAAGAUAAGGCUAGGUGCAGAGAAGAAAGGUCGCAGGAAGAAACCCCCGGUGUGUCCCCCACAGUUGUUAACCCAGGACUCUGAGACCACAAGUAGACAGAUUGAGGAUCGUGUCGCCCAGCUCCUAUCAGAGGAAGUGGAACUGUCCUGCACCCCGCCACUUCCUGCCAGCAGGAUUUUUCAGGAAGAAUUGGAACAUGCAGGCUGGCGUCUGCAGCUGCCUGAAGGAAAGCGGAACUUUCUGUGGCAGCGCAGUGCCCUCACAGGAGCCUUGGCUGAGGAGUCCUUCUAUACAGCGAGCCUGGUUCCUCUAAUUGUGUCCCAACGGCCUCCCAAGGUGAGCUCUGCUCCUCCUAACGCACAUUUGGAUGGACUUUGGAAAGAGGAACAGGAGCUGCCACUGCCCAAGCAGCAAGAGCCAAGUACACAAAGGCCACCUGCUUUCCACAGCAGCCCUCCCAUGAGCCACAGCCCCAAGACCCAGCUGCUGUCCUCCAGCCAGAGGGAGCAUCAAGCUCUUCAGGAUCUUGUGGACUUGGCAGAGGAGGGGAUGAGCGCCAGCCCAUUGCCCAGCAGUCUGGGAGUUCCUAUAGGGUUGGAUUUGGGUUCCAGCAGCCUUCCACUGACUGGGUUUGUCCUGCCAUCUAAGAAGACCCUUCAGAGGAGUGACCACGCCUCACUCUCCUCUCUUGGGUUGCUGGUGUCUGACUUUGGGACAAUGGUUAAUAAUCCACACCUGAGUGAUGUCCAGUUCCAGAUUGACAGCGGAGAGGUGUUUUAUGCCCACAAGUUUGUUCUCUAUGCCCGAUGUCCACUUCUUAUUCAGCAUGUAAAUGCUGAAGGCUUCUCUGCUGUGGAGGAUGGGGAUCUGACCCAGCGCAUCCUGCUGAGCGAUGUGAGCGCAGAGGCCGCCCAGGCAUUUCUGAACUAUCUCUACAUGGCAGACACUGACAUGCCUCCCAGCCUGGCUCCUGAUCUGCGUUCCCUGGCCCUGAGAUUUGGUGUGCAUGACCUUGUUCACCUGUGUGAACAAGUGCCUGUCAUGACGGACUUGGAGGGAGAGCAACAGGAGGAGAAGGAAAAUGAGAAUUGCGAAAGCAGAGCGGAGAAUUUCCAGGAACUCUUGAGGUCAGUGUGGGUAGAUGAGGAGGAGGAAGCAGAGACACUGUUGAAACCUGAGGUCUGUGAGGAAGACAGAGAAAAAGUGAAUGAAGCAGAAAUGGAAGAAAUUUAUGAAUUCGCAGCCACUCAGAGGAAGCUGCUCCAGGAGGCAAGUGCGGCAGACACAGAUGAGGAUGCUAACCAACUCGGGGAGGUCAGUCCAAUUUCUGAGCCUUCCCCAGCAGGUGCCCAGAGUAACAGACAGACAGAACAAAUGGAGUCAUCUGGGCUGGUCAGCUGGGAAAAUGAAAGAGAUUCCAUUCCACCCCAGGGUCAGCGCUUUGCCUGGGGAGAAAAAGCAGAUGUCCAGGAGGCACUAAGGGAGGCAGCUGGCCAGCCCAGCUCCUGUAGCCCUCCUGAGAGCCACCAGGUGAGUGAAGGGUGCUCAACUUUGCACCCCACCAAGGCCCAUGACUACAAACAGCUCUUUGCAUCAGCUCAAAGAAAAUCAUCUCAACUGUCAAAAAUAACAAUUGAUCAUGAAGAGCAGAGUGACACUGUUAGUGAGAGGCAGGCAGAGGUGGCCCGUUCCCGUGCUGUGGAGCAGGCACCCUGCUUCCUCCUGUCUCAGUCUCCUGUAGAUGGAAGUCCCAGCCAGUCACAGCUUCAUCUCUAUCACACAAGCAAUUUGUCCCCAUCAGUGUCCCAGUCACACAGUAGCAUUUCCAAGAUGGCAUCCCCAAGCUCACUGUCUCCAGUCACACCAGCUAAGCAGAGAAGGGACAGCAGCAUUCUCACAUUACUGAAAGAACCAGGCCACCAGAAGGGCAAACGAGGUAGUUCCAUGUUGGGACGCAGAAAUAGGGGCACCCUGAUUUCCCCGGCAAAGUCUCCACCCAUUGACCUGACCCAGUCCAUACCUGAACACUUGAGUCCCAGGGCCCAGAAUCCUCUGUGUCAUGUGAAGGAAGAGGGUGAGGUUAUCCUUUUACUGGAUUCAGAUGAGGAGCUGGAACUAGAGCACACCAAGACAAAGUUGGUUUCUAAAGAAUCCCCAGAAAUUAGGAAAGUUCUAGAAGUUAGCCCCAGCUCGUCUGAACUGUUUUCAAUCAUCGAUGUUGAUGAAGAGCAAGAGCAUUUCCAAAGCCCACCGAAGAGAGAAGCUGGGCUACAGAGGGGAGAGGAGGGGCAGCUGGAAAAUCAGUCCACCCUGCAAAGCAGAGAGAUCCCCUGGCUGUUCUGCAGCCAGAAGAACAGCCUGGAUGAGGACAGCACUACAGACACCUCCUGGCUGGUGCCUGCUACUCCAGGGCCCUGUAAGAGCCGUGAUUGCUCAUCACAGACCCAAAUCUUAAGCCUUAAGGCCAGGAGCCCACCAGAUGAGACUGUUGAGCUCACACCCAGGCCUUCCAUAGAUCAAAGGACUGUGCAGGAAGCAGCCCAGAAGUUCUCAGUGGUCAUGUCACGUAAACUGCCUCUUACUCAAGGACCUUCCGACAGUGGGAGACAGGCCUACAGAAGCCCUUCCCACCCUUACCCUAGACGCCACAAACGCUCUUCUUUACAGCCAUGUCCUACCCCUGAUUUUACCAGGUGGCCCCAGAAACACUCAUCACCUAGGCCAUGCCUGCCAAACCAGACUGCAACUGAUGAAGUGGUAGAAGUUGGGGACAGUGAUGAUGAGCAGGAGGUGGCUUCCCAUCUAGGAAACAGCAGCCCUGUGCCAGAUGGUGACCCCCUGGUCCCCAUGGGUGACUGCUGUUGGCAUGAUGAACCCCUCUCACCAAUUCCCAUUGACCACUUGAAUCUGGAGCGAACUGGCCCCCUGACCACAAGUAGUCCAAGCCGUCAGUCCCAGGAGGCCCUGCGUAGCGUUGACUGCCACUCCCCAGGGCUCCUGGGCACCACUCCCAUCCGAGGAAGCUGUGGUGCCCUGAGAGAGUCUCCUGAGCAGUCUUCACAGGCUGCCUCUCCAGGGAGCAGCAAGCUGAGUUUCAUGAGCCCGGCCCUGUGGGAUGACUGGGACGAGGAAGAGCAACACUCUCCAGAGGCCCCACCUGAGGCCCAAAUGCUGAGUGCCAGAUCUUGGAAGCCAGGCAGCCCAGAGACACCAAAAGGUGCUAACCGGAAAAAGAACUUGCCCCCCAAAGUGCCUAUAACUCCAAUGCCAAGGUAUUCAAUCAUGGAGACCCCAGUGCUGAAGAAAGAGCUGGACAGGUUUGGAGUCCGUGCUCUGCCCAAACGCCAGAUGGUUCUAAAACUGAAGGAGAUUUUCCAGUACACUCACCAAACUUUGGAGUCAGACUCGGAGCAUGAGAUCCAGUCCUCCCAGGUGCCCCCAGAGGUAUCUUGCAGCCAAGCCCCUCCCACUGAGACCUACAAGUCUUCAAGGUCAGGAAGCUAUAGCCAGCUCAAGGCCACUGCAGGUCUUGGGACUCAAAGAGCCAAGGGUCCCACUAAGAGCAAGAGCCCUCAAUAUCGAAAGAAACAGCGUGGUGCAAGUAUUUCCCACCUGAGCAGGUUGCCAGCUGGGGAGCUGCCUUCAGGCCCUGAUGGGAACACCGCACUCCCAGCCUCCCAGGAACCCUCUGCGGAUGGCAGUGACAACUCCUUUAGCUCUCAAAGUUCCACCUGUGAGUUUGGAGCUGCCUUAGAGUCGGCAGGUGAAGAGAAGGACGAGGAGGAGGGGGUCAGUGCAUCACAGGUUGCCCUCCGGGCCGCAGACACAGAGGAGGCAGUGAGACGCUAUAUCUGCUCCAAGCCUGCCCUGUAUCGGAAGGUUCUAACAUACCAGCCUCUCGAGCUGGCUGAGCUACAGGCGGAGCUGAAGCAGGAGGGGAUCCCUGUGGCCAUGGGCAAGCUCCUGGACAUCCUAGAUGCCCAGUGCAUCACCUUCACAACUGCCGCAGCCCGAAAGGAGAAGCUGAAACAGAAGCGACGGCAGCCCCUGGGCAGAAAGAAAAAGGAUCAGAAAUGAUAGGCUAUCUGCCAGAGGGCCUGGACACCCAGUGCAGUCAGGCCUCUGCGGGUAAUGUCUCAGUAUAUCAGCCUGCAUCUCUGUAAAGGACAAUGUCCCCAGCAUACUCUCUCUCCUGACCAGCUCUGUGUGUUAUUCCUGGAUCUACAGCCAGGUAAAUUACAGCCUCCCCGCCUCUGCCCCCUCAGUCAGUGCCAGUUUUCCCACCUUUGGCCCAAGCAGGAUUCCCCAUCUUACGUGUUCUGAGAGUCAGUGGGCCGUACCAGCUGACCAGGGCAAGCGCCAGGCUUUCUUCACUUGGCACUCUGUGUCCACUACAUCCAAGCACAGCUGUCCUAGUAGUAUAUUCUGAGAUGAGCAUGAGGCCCAGCCUGCCUUCUCAGCAUUCAAGCCACCCCAGCCCCCAGGGCAGCCUGCACCAAUCCAUCACAGGUGCUCCUCUGACCUAGUGCCUGCCCAGAUACUUGUCAUUGUCACCAGCAUUUUCUAAGCAGGACUAUGAAUAAGGCCCAGCACAGCUAUGAAGACCUCCAAAGUAAGCAUGCUGUUUCUGGGCUCCUCUCAUGUGUGUUAAGCCUCCUUGACUCAGAAGCAGUGUGGACCCUGGGGAGGGUCAGAAAAAAAGAAGUUUGGGUUUCCAUAGCCUGCGAAUGUCCUUGUCUGUUUUAAAUACAGUGAAGUUGUUUUAUAUGAGUGCAAUAAAAACAAGGCUUUAUUUAAAAUAAA